GAGGAUGAGCACUCGGCAGUGGGAGGAAGACCAUGAGGGUGCAGUGUCCCAGCAGCCGAGGGAGGAGCAGGGGCAGGAUGGGCGUGAUGGCUGCUUCUGCUUGCUGGCAAGCGAGUGACUUCGGCUGGCCAACUGGACCCGAGAGGGGGAGAUUUCUGCCGGGGAUGGGUCUACACAAUGUCCUUUAGGUCGGCUCUGGCUAGCUGUGACUCGGUACCUGCCUGGAGCCAGAGCAUGGAGGUCCCCUGAGGAGGAAGGAGGUUUGGGCCUCUCCCCUCGGGUCUCCUGUGACCACGCCUGUUCCUUUAAGGGUGUGUGACAUCACAGACCUGUAGAAGCCCCAGUACAUGUCAUGGAACAUUAAAGUAUUUGCCGACUUCUUGAGUAUGACCUGAGAGCCAUCUUUCCACCUUAAAAGUAGUGAAGUAGCCUUGCGUAACUCUCCUUUAGGGAAGAGAAGAAGGCUAUGGCUGAGGGGAACGAAUUGAUGAACAGACUGAUGAGUGAGAAUGCCGACCUGAAAAAGCAGGUCCGAUUGAUGAAGGAGAACCAGAUGCUGAAGCGGCUCCUCAGCGAGAGCUGCCAUGAAAACAGCAGCCGAAAUAGAGACGGCCGGGACCCCCGUGACUUUAUCUUCCCCAAAGUCCCAGGCUACCCUGAGGCCUGCUCCCCUGGGGCUGGAGGGCCAGCCUUGAGCCCGGAGCCCCUCGUUUCUCUCCUGUGCGCUUCAGUUCAGUCAUCUGUAAAACAGUCCUCAUCUGCCUCUCAAGAAUACGGAAGACUCAUCAACGUCCCUGAGGUGUCCACACAGCUCCAGCCAUCAGCUCUAGAGGACCUGCUCUACUCCCACAUCAACAUUUCUAAUGAGGAAGACGCCUCUUCCCCCACCUGCAACACUCCCUCCCAGGUGGCUUUUAAGGGGUUUCUCAGCCCUCCAGACAUCUACUCCUCAAGAACCACGGAAAAGAAGCUAAGUCAGCUGCUCAGCAACAUGCAGGACUCCAUGAUUGAUAAGCCAAUGGCCGAGUCCAAGGAGAUCCGGCAGAAGAAAGUCUGUUUCUCUGAGAGUGGCCUGCCUGGAGGGGAUAAGAUGAGAAAAAGCUAUUAUUUGAAUGAAAUACAGAGCUUUACCAGUGCUGAGAAGGAUGGGAGGAUCGUUGGGGAGAUUGCCUUCCAGCUAGACAGACGGAUCCUGGCCUAUGUCUUCCCAGGAGUGACCAGGCUUUAUGGCUUCACUGUGUCCAAUAUUCCUGAGAAGAUCAAACAGACUUCCAUCAAAUCUUUGGAUGGCUCCGUGGAUGAGAAGAAGCUUCGAGACCUGACACACCGCUACCUGACGCUCACCACGCGCCUGGAGAAGCUCGGCUACAACCGGGAGGUGCACCCGGUCUUCAGUGAGUUCCUCAUCAACACCUACGGGAUCCUCAAGCAGAGGCCGGACCUGCGCUCCAACCCCCUGCACAACAACCCCGCAGCUCUGCGUAAGCUGGUCAUCGACAUCGUGCCCCCCAAGUUCCUUGGAGACUCCUUGCUGCUCCUCAACUGUCUGUGCGAGCUCUCCAAAGAAGACAGCAAGCCUCUCUUUGCCUGGUGAUAGGUCAGCGUUGACUCCCAUUGCCAAUGGAAAACCCAAUACUCAGAUACUCAAUUUUUUUACAAUACAAGUGCUUGACUUAAGUGUGUCA